GUUUGACUCUUGUACUGCGGGGUGCUUGCACAAACCUUCAACUUGUGUGGAGUGACUUAAUAAUCCAAAUCUACAGGGCCAGGCCAGGUGUUGUUUAAUGCCAAAGUCCUUCCUCCAAGCCCACCCUGCACAUGAUACCAUAUGAUACCACUCCAACCAAUUGAUCAACGGCUAGAUGGUCCGCCAUUUAGGACCCACCUUCACCCACCGGCUCCCAUCGAAAGAGACGAUUAACCAUUCCAUACCAUUCCGUUGCCGUUCCCGUCCGUUGCCGUUGCCGUGGUUGGCUUCGAGGGGUUUCCGCCAUCUCGCUGUCCGUCUUCGCCACCUGCCAUGGCGCCACAUGUGCCACAUGUGCCAGUGGCCACCGACGAGGAGGACUGCCGUGAGGACCACGGUGGCUGCGAGGACAGUACGGGCCUCACUGGAGCAAGGACAAUCACCAGUCGUGCAUGCAGAGUGUGCAAAGUGUCCUGCCUGGUGCUUGGGCUGCUGGUGGUGGCGAUGCUGAUCUUGUUGGGCACCAGUGGACCACAGAGCUCUGGGCUCAAGGCCUGGAUCGUCAAAGCCUCCUCGGAUCUCUCGCUGGCCGCCGAGAGCCUCUCUCCGCCGGUCCCGGAGUUGGGCUCCACGGCCACCGCAGCACUGGAGCGCCGAGGGACGGCGACCGGGUUGUGCCGGAACGGGAAGUUCAAAAAUGCUCCCCGCAUCCGAAAGGAGUGGCGUGAGUUGACCAAGAGGGAACUCCGCGCCGUGCAGAACGCCUUUUGGCGGCUCAAGGGCUUCAGCCGCAGGAAGAGUGGCGGCAACGCGGCGGGCUACGCGCCGGAUUCGAACUGGGACACCACGGAGAAGGGCAUUGCGAAGUGCAAGGAACUCAAUCAAGGAGUUCGUAAGAGGGAUCAGAACCCCUACUGCGAGUACUUCACCAACUAUGAUGAGAUGGCAGCUUUGCAUGCUUGCUCCGUGAAGGAUCCACGAUGUGAUCAAGGCCACACUGGGCCGCACUUCAUGAACUUUCAUCGAAUGGUGAUCCUGAAGAUGGAGCUGGCCCUCAUGGCGGCCGACACGAACCGCCCCAUCCAGGUCACGGCCAUUCCCUACUGGGAUCAAUCCUUAGACUCCGAGGAUCCCAUCGGCAGGUACCGCAACGCCCCAGACAAGUACAUCUUCAGCGAGAACUACUUUGGAGACUUUUGGGGCAAACCGGAGAACGACUAUGCCGUGGUCAACGGCCUCUUUGCCGAGUGGCCCGUGGCCAUUUGGACCGAAGAAAGGUUUGGAUCGAAGAGCAAGUUGGCGAACCAGAGCAAGUGCAUCGCUUCUGAGUUCUUUAAGGGCACUGUGGCUACUGCUGAUGACUGUGGCGACGGCUACACCGCCACCCGCUGGUUUCGCGACCACGUGGAGUGCUCGGAGUACGUGGCACGCCAGCCAAACGACCCCAAUGGGCCCCAAGCCUAUGGACCACUGGGCGGCCAUUAUGGCAUCGUGUAUUCCAAAGAGGAAUUCGAGGCUUGCUCCACCUAUCCGGAGAACGUCCGGACCUGGAUGCAGUGGAAUACCUGUCAGGACCCGGGGCUCUUCUUCUGCGACGUGCCCCGUGAUGAGCUGCUGCUCCUCCCUGUGCGGGAUCAGCUCCGCGAUGCAAUUGUCCCAGCAUUGAAGGACAGGGUGACCAAAUCCAUCAAGGAGAUCGAAAAGGCCUUGAAGGGCGGUGACACUCCGUCGAUGCCCAUCGAAGACCCCGUGGAGACGGGCAAGCUGCUGAAGCGGCUGACGGUGGCGAACGCCUUGGCUGCUUUGCUUUGGACUUUGAGCACGAAUUUGGAGGCCAGUGCCGAUACUCAAGCUCUUUUGCAGGGCAUCGCCAAUAUUUGUGAUGAUCCCAUGGUCUAUGGAUACUUCACGAAGUUGAACGAGGAGCGAUCCUUCCCACGGAUGCAGCAUGGGCAAGCUCACUUCAAAGCCGGCAGGGAUUUCCUGGAUGUCACCACUUCAGCCAAUGACUGUGGACAGUUUACACAGCAUGCGGAUGAAGAUCGCAGCAACAUGCGCUUCAUGUUGUUGAGCCUCCGGAAGAACUACCGCUUGGAGGAGAACUGGUGGGACUAUCCUCGCACGCAGUUCGACGUGCUUUCCAACGGCAAGCCGCCCUAUGGCCUGUCCGGCCCCUUUACCACGGCGGGUCUGCUGGCGUGCCAGACCGAUUUUGAUACCUUCCCCUUCUACCGUUGGUUAGCCGGCGCAUGGACUCCGGGCACACUGCUUCGAGAUGUGGUGAACUCGGGCUUUCCCUUCAUCGACCUCUUCAACAGCUCAUGCCCUGAGGAUGAGGAUUGCAGUGGUCGACAGAACGGCGGCUACACGAACCAGGAGAUCAUGUACUAUGUCCAUCCCAGUCGAACCCCUUACACUUAUGACACCUUGGCGCAGUAUUUUGACCCAGAUUGUGAGCUCGCAUAGGCUGCGGUCUUGGUGAGAUGAAGGGCUACUGGGCUUCGUCAGAGCUGCCAGCUAAGUGUGUGCCCCAAAAAAACUAUGCCUUUUGCACACACUCGCACUGGAAUCCAAGCCACUUCUGUUUUAUUGGGGGGCGCUUGCACAGCGUUUUGCGCCAAAACAACGUUGAAUGAAGGCGCAGGACUUGCCCAGCACCAAGUCCGAAGAGGCUUGGGAGCUGGUAUCAUGAAGAUCUAGAUGGUCUAGAUAUGUUCUACCCCAUACGGAUCCUUGUUGGACCCUCCAUAGGGGUCGAAGCCUCU